AUGAUAGUAUUCAUUUUAUUCACAAUAAUACAUUCAAAAUAAGUCUCCUUCUUAAGACACGGUAUCAGAUCCCCCAAUGAUUACAAUGAUUUAGAUAAGGAGUUAUGGAGAGACUAUCCACAAGGAUACUUAACAUAGAAAGGAUUUGAUUAAGUGAGAUAGAUGGCCCUUAAUAAUUUCACAAUUCAUGAUGGAAGUGGUAUUUGCAAUUAUGAUUCCUUUCAUUUGAUCUCCUCUGCGAAACCAAGGGUUAUUCAUUCAGUGAUCGCCUUUAUUUAAGGAUUAUGUCCUUAAAAUUAUAAUGAAAUUCUGGUGCAAUAUUUUAGAGACUAUUAUCAACAAUAUUCUACAGAUCAGCAGAAUUUCAAUAAAAUAAUAAAUUCUAAUUUCAGUGACCCUUUCUCAUAAAAUUUUGAGACCUUCAAAAUGACUAAUGAUUUCAUGUUCCAUGGACACAAAAGUGAACAGUGCCCAUUAAUAGAUGUUCUUGAUGAUGCACUUUAUAGUAGUGCAGAAUAUAAUGAGAUAAACAAACAAGUGAGAUAACAUCCAUAGUUCAACAAUACUUUUAAGUUGUUUAAGAAAUGCAAUCCUAAUUCAAAUGUUACAGAAGACAGUAUUACAAUCACUUAAUUAAAAAAGCUAUAUUCAAAUAUUUUGUGUAAUGAGGCAUAGGGUUUAUAUGAUUAUAAUCUAAACCAAGAGUAGGUUGAAUAUUUGAUGAAUAUUUUUAAAUUUUAAUAUUUCGGAAUAGAUUAUUCACAACCACUUCAACAUUAAGCAACCUUAUCAUACAUACUGAAAUGGUUGUUUUAGGAAUUCUAUAGUGAAGUAGAGGAAAGUUUCUUUUAUGGACAUGAUGAUAACCAGUAUGCUUUAUUGUCAGUAAUAAUAAAAGAAUGGCCGUAUGUUAAAUUUGCAGGUAGGUUGCAAUUCAAAAUUACCGAUGAUUACGUGAAUGUAUUUUUAGAUGACCGAUUGCUCAUAACCAAUUUCUGCAGGGAAGGCGUUAAUUGCCAAAUAAGUGAAACUAUUAAGUACCUGAACAAAUAUAUAAAUCCAAACAUCGAAAGAGAUUGUUAACUGAUUAUUUGA